UUCGGGACUGUUUAAGCCAAUGAGCAGCGAUGUUCCCUGCGGGAAUGCGUGUGUGUAAAUCAGAUUGAUAUAAGAUGGCGACCGCUGAACCGGAAACUUCUUCGAAUCCACCAAGUUCUGAGGAGGACAAGAUUGAAACUGCUGGCCAGGAAGUUGUCAGCCCAGAACUGUAUGUUAAACAUCCACUGCAAAACAGGUGGACCCUCUGGUUUUUCAAGAACGACAAAAGCAAAACAUGGCAAGCAAACCAACGUCUCAUUUCCAAGUUUGACACCGUUGAAGAUUUUUGGGCUCUUUACAAUCACAUUCAGCUGUCGAGCAAUUUAAUGUCGGGAUGCGACUACUCGCUGUUUAAGGAUGGAAUUGAGCCAAUGUGGGAGGAUGAAAGAAACAAAAAAGGUGGAAGAUGGCUCAUUACUCUCUCCAAACAACAAAGAAGAUCAGACUUGGAUCGAUUUUGGCUAGAAACGCUUCUUUGUCUUAUUGGAGAAGCUUUUGAUGACUACAGCGAUGACGUGUGUGGAGCAGUCGUAAAUAUAAGAACCAAAGGAGACAAAAUAGCAAUAUGGACAACAGACUAUGAGAACAAGGAUGCUGUUACACACAUAGGGAGAGUAUACAAGGAACGGUUAGGACUGCCAGCGAAGGCAAUUAUUGGGUACCAGUCUCACGCAGAUACCGCAACGAAAAGUGGCUCCACCACAAAAAACAAGUUUGUUGUUUGAAAGAAAAGAACAAAAGGAUAACUGCCUGGGCUUUUCUCAUUUCUCGUUUCGCCUUUUCUGAUGUGACUGCGUCAAGCAAUCAACCUGGAAGUGAAAACCAAAGCUUCUCCUUGGCAGAGUGGACCGCACGCCUGCCAUUUCACAUCCUUCCGUUCUCGUUCACCGACUCUUCACCACGCGCUACUCUCUCGCUCUCUUCUUCUUCUUUUUGUUUUUUUUUUUCUCAGACUGUUUAAGCAAAGCGAAAAAUUCCCAAAAUUUCACUUUUACAACUGGAGAGACUUCUUAAGCGACAUGUUACAUCACUGAUAAAUGGGCUUGAUUUUUUUUGUUAUUAAAGGGAAAGGGGGAAAAAUUCCAGUCUAAAUCACAGAAUGCUGAUUGUUUAGAUAAUGUUUCUUCAAGAUUUGAGUGUGAAUUGAAUUUACUUUAAACAAACACGUUGUGUUGAAAUCUGAGUUUGGCCGACUGUUGUGGGGUCCGCGUUGAAAUCUUCAUACUUGUCCUUAGUUUGUUUACAGCAGAUUGCUGUCAUCUAUGAAGAUGCUGCCAUUUACAUUUAAUUUAUUUUUCUUUUGAGAAAAGUUUGUUUUUUCAUAUUCAUUUUAUAAUUCGCAGAAAGUUGUAGUUUAAAUAUGGUGGAAUCUGAAAAGUUUGAUGCAUUUAUAGUAUAUAGCGAUUUGUGGAUUUUUUUUUUUUUUUUUUUUAACUUUAGUUACAUUAUUUUGUUAAUUGACAUUUUUUUUUUAAUAUCCUGCAGUUUUACAUUCCUCGCUUCAAACAGAGAGAAGUAUUAUAAAUAUUUUAUGUCACAGUGUAUUUUAAUACAUCUACUUAUUUCUUAGGACAUUAUUUGUGUUGGUAAAAUGAUGCCUCUAAAAGAAAGCAGUCCAUUUCAUAUAAAGAUAAUGUAAAAAAGAAAAUGCUACUGUAAAUAAAAUGUGUACAGUGAUUUGUCUAA